CAAUGCGCGAACCACUGUUCGGUCGCUCAGUGUGCUGCCAGACUUCCGCACCGACAGCCCUGCCACCUGCGGAUGGCAAUCACAACAACAAGUUGGCAGCCCAACCGAAUACUCCAGCUAAAUAUUCAUUUUUGUUGGCCACCAAGAGAUGUACUUUUUGACCAACAAUUCAUAUUUGCUAGUUAUGCGUGCAAAAUGUUAGUUCUGUUUCUGGUUGCCAUUGCCACACUAAGCCAAUGCCUUGCCACGUCCGCCACCAGCGCCAGCACAACGACCAACACGAUACGCAUGCCAGUGACGACACAGGACAUUAUUGCCGGUGACGUGUUCUUCGAAAUCAUCUCGCCCCAAGAUCUGGAAUACACCUAUCGACUGCGACCCGCUAAGGAUUUUGGUGUCGCCUUCUCGCAGAAGCACGAGGCGGUGCCCAUGGUGCUCACCGAUCCGCCCGAAGCCUGCCAGAAACUGCGCAAUGCGCACGAUCUGCAAGGUAGCAUUGCGCUCAUGGACAGGGGGCAAUGCUCGUUUGUGACGAAAACGCUGAAUGCGGAGGCGGCUGGUGCUAUUGGCGCCAUUAUCACCGAAUACAAUUCAAAUUCACCCGAAUUCGAGCAUUAUAUUGAGAUGGUGCACGAUAAAACCGAUCGUGAUGCGAAAAUACCAGCCGGAUUUUUGUUAGGCAAGAAUGGAAUGAUAAUACGCAGCCGGUUGCUGCGGCUGAAGCGUGUCUAUGCCCUCAUCAAUAUACCCGUGAAUUUGACCUUUACCCCGCCAGCGAAAAUCAAUCAUCCGCCAUGGCUCGGCUGGUGAGGGAAGGAGUGGAGUUAGCAGUGGGAGGCAGCAUGUGAAAUCUUAAACCAAAGUGCAUAUUUAGUCAGCGCACUUUAAUCGAACUCGACGCGCAGUUCCAUAUUAUAUUAUAUUAUAUAUGUAUAUAGAUUCUCUUCUUGUGCAUGUAUAUUUAUCGAGGCAGCAAACCAUUUUGAAUUUAUUGUUAUUGAACCAAGAACAACUUUUUUUUUGGGAUGCGUCACAAAAUUAGUUUCUUAUUAAAAAUGCCUAGUAUUGUUUACUUUUAAAGGUUUAGUAAGUAUUUUCUUUAUGUUCUGAAUUAAUAUUAUUAAUCUUGAAAAUGCAUUUAAAAAGUCGCUGAAUUUGCAACAAAUUUGACGAAGCUCAAAAUGAAUGCUAGCUUAAAUUUCUUUGGUUUAUUGGCUUUGUUAUUUUCAAAAAUUUCUCUUUGCUAUUUUUAGUAUAUUUUGUAUAAUAGAAAAACAAAAAACACAAAAACACGCGCACUUUCUACAGUAAACAUUAAUAUAUUAUUUCAAGCUGUUUUUUCUUCUUGGCAUCCACGUCGAAAUUGGCUUGCUGCCUUUAAUAUUAUUUACACUUGACUAAACAAAAACUGAAACUGAACUGAAUUUAAGUAGUUAAUUUGUAAACAAAAAGCAAUUUCCUAUAGAAAAGACAAAAACAAACACCAAACAUGAAUUGUAAAUAAAAUUGCUAAGCAAAAGACAGGUCUAAAAUUGUAAGCUUAA